CUCUCUUUUCAUAUCUUCACAAAACUACGCACUCUCUCUAGCUUCAUUGCGCAACGAUGCUCGCUGCUCACGGAGCUCUAUCCAUCGUCUCGCAGCCCUUCGCCGUCGAUGGCACCUCCAGCCCUUCGAUUCCUGCCUCCAUGACCUCGUGUUGGUUUCUCAAACCACGGAGAAGACCAUUCUUCUCGAGAAUCUCGCGCAUUGCUAUCCUGGGGUCCCAGAGCGGGGGCAGUAGCAGUAGAAGCGUUAGUCAGGAGGAGUUUGUUCUAGAGGACUCCAAGGCCGGCAAUGGGGACGCCCGUGAAGUUCGGAGGUCCGCAGAUUGGAAGGAAGCAAGGACUUAUAAAGAAAGUGGUGUCAUCUAUGAUGGAAAGAUUGAAGGCUUUAAUAGCGGAGGCUUGUUAAUCAGAUUCUAUUCUCUCCUUGGUUUUCUUCCUUUUCCUCUUUUGAGCCCAUCUCAUUUCUGGAAAGAUUCAAACAAAACUGUUCAAGAGAUAGCUAAGAACCUUGUAGGCUCAUCAAUAGCUGUAAAGGUAAUUCAGGCAAGUGAGGAGGAAAAACGACUUAUAUUCUCGGAAAGAGAUGUCGAUUGGUCGAAGUAUUCUGAACAAGUAAAAGUUGGAGAUAUUUUUAGUGGAAGAGUAGGCUCAAUUGAAGAUUAUGGUGCAUUUGUGCACCUACUUUUCCCAGACGGUUUUUAUCAUUUGACCGGACUUGUACAUAUCUCUGAGGUCUCUUGGGAUUUGGUUCAAGAUGUGAGGGAUUUUUUAAGUGAAGGCGAUCUGGUAAAGGUUAAAGUGAUUCACAUAGAUAGGGAAAGGUCAAGGAUCACUCUAUCAAUUAAGCAGCUGGAGGAUGAUCCUCUUUUGGAGACACUGGACAAAGUAAUACCCCCGCAAGGCCAGUUGGAAUCUGAUUCUCUGAGUGCAUCUAGUCCUUCAAAUAUGGAACCUCUUCCUGGACUUGAGAGCAUAUGCCAAGAGCUAUUGCAGGAGGAGGGCGUAACUGAUGUUAGUUUUGGACGGCAAGCACUGGAAAAGCGCGUUGUCUCCCAAGACUUGGAACUCUGGCUUUCAAAUGUACCUGCCAAGGGCAACCAAUUCACACUUCUUGCUCGGGCAGGGAGACAGGUUCAGGAAGUAUAUCUGACAACUACACUUGACCAAGAAGGCGUAAAGAAGGCCGUGCAGCGAGUGUUGGGACGAGUUCCAUGAACUUAUUCUUUAGUUCUGAGGGACGACUGGUGUGUUAUUAUUUAAAUCGAGUAUCAUAACAUUAUCGAUUAUCCGUUUUGUUGGAAUGUUCACAAUUGAUGUUGGGACUUGUUUAGUUCUCUAAACAGGUCAGCGAAAAAAUGUUGUGAUCCAGGUUUCAUUUUGAAUCUGCGUGGGAGAGCCUGUGGAUGUCAAUUGUAUAUUUUUGUCUAUAAAACUCUCUGCAACUUCCUUCAACAGAAUUGUUUGUGUCAGCUGUUGAGGUGAGUAUUGUUAUAAUACAAUUUCUUACAAUUUGUAAAAUUGUUCUUUCACAA